AGUAGCAAUUAAAAGAAUCAAAAACAUCCAAGGGAUCCUCAUCCAUGUUACUGCAUACUUUACCCUUAGUUUUAUAUAAUAAUGUUCCGAUGAUAAACGAGUGUUCGAUCUCCGAGGCUUUUUCUACUUACUGCUACAUGACUGUAGCUCCUUGUUCGCCAUGUCGAUUCCCUCUGUGGUUCCGAGCCACGUCUUUGGCAUCAGCUCCCACGUCCAUAACCCCAUUACCUACAUUGAUGACCAAAUUAUCCUCUAUCCCGCCGGAACCCAACUCGUCUCUUACAACACGGAACAAAAGACGCAGAAAUUCCUACAUGUGACGGAUGGAGAGGGUAUCACGGCCAUGGCCGUCAGUUCCUCAGCGUCGCUUGUGGCUGUUGCGGUGCGAUGUGCGAGUGGGACGCCUCCGACUGCUGGAGGGGAUACGAGGCCGAGUGUUUUUGGGGGUGGAAAUAUGGAGAGGGAGGCUGCUGUCUUGGUGUAUGAUUUUGUGAAUGGGAGAAAGAAAAAGGUGCUUGUUGCUGGGGAUCCCAAUGCAAAGGAAUUCAUGGCUCUCGCCUUUUCCCCCGACUCCAAACACAUUAUCGCCCAAUCAUCCUUUCCAGACUGGAUACUCUACAUUUGGGACUGGGACAAGGCCAAACUCCGUGGCACCUACAAAACCGUUAGCUCCCCCCAUGCGGAUAUCCGUCAUUUGAGUGUCAACCCUUUUGAACAUGCUGGGACUCAAGUGUGUGUUACCGGAAAUUGUGUUUUUCGGACGCUGAAGCAUGGUGAGGGGGGGUGGAAGGUUGUGUGGUCUCAAAAGACGGACAAGAACCUCCUUUGCCACACCUACCUCUCCGAAACCCGCAUCCUAGCCGGCACCCAAGACUCCAAACUCCUUUUAUACGAUUCCGGCGACCUCAUCCUCGAAAUCGCCUACCUCCUCCCCCACGCCACCCUCCUCCCUUCCAUCACAACCCUCAAAUCCACCUCCAAUGGCGUCCUAGCGGGUACAUCCAAUGGCGUGCUCGUUUAUUUCGAGAAAGAGGAUUCGGGGUUGGUUAAACGACGGGAAACGGUUGUUGAGGAUGGUGUUGGGGUUGUGUGGGUUGCUACGAGUGUGAGUGAGGAUGUUGCGGUUGUUGUGAGUGGGAGUCAGGUUUUUGUUGUUGGGUUGGAGGUUGAGACUGACAAUGCCAAAUGCACCUACCUCACGCACCCCUUCCACCACGGCUCCAUCACAGGCAUGGACACAUGCAUCCGUAAGCCCCUCCUAGCAACUUGCGGAACUGACCGGUCCGUCCGUAUAUGGAACUACCUUGACAACUCGCUUGAAGUAUUCAAGUAUUUUCUUGAUGAGCCCUUAAGCGUCGCGUUACAUCCGAGUGGGUUGUACGUUUUGGUGGGGUUUACGGACGGGUUGAAGCUCAUGAAUGUCUUGAUUGAUGAUAUUCGGCAGUAUUGGGAGGCCCCUGUGAGAGGGUGUCGAGAGUGUCAUUUUAGUCAUGGUGGACAGUACUUUGCAGCCGUUCACGGCUCAACCAUCCUCAUUUACAACACCUGGACACUAGACAUUAUCACCCACCUCAAAGGCCACAAUGGCAAAAUCCGUUCUAUUGCCUGGUCACCCGACGACACCCGCAUUCUUUCCUGCGGCAUGGACGGCGUUGUAUAUGAUUGGGAUGUGCGUGGGAGUAAGAAAAUGGGGGAAGUGCGGGUGCAGGGGGUGGUGUUUUUGGGAGCGGUUGUGACGCCGGAUGCAAAGUUGGUUUAUUGUGUGGGUGGAGAUGGGGUUUUGAGGGAAGUGAGUGAUGGACAUGUCUCGAGAGAGUUUUCGACAAAGGUUCCUUUGGCAAAUAUCCUAGUCUCGCGGAACGGCAAAAUGGCAUUCGCAACAACACCUCGUACCCUCCGCACCCUCAAAUACCCCUUCCCCCAAGACGCACCAAUAGACUACACAGACCAAACCCUCCAUUCCGCACCCAUCACCCGCCUCCGCAUCUCGUAUGAUGAUCAGCAUUUAUUUACGUGUGGUGAGGAUGGGCUUGUGUGGGUGUUUCGGGUUGUGGAGAGGGAGAGGAAGAGGGAGAAGGAGUGGGGAUUUAGUGAUGAGAUAUUGGUCACGAAAUCGGAUUUGAAAGAUAAUUUUAAACUUCAGUCGGAAUUGAAACGGCGAGUCGAGGACCUUCGUGCUGAAAACGAGACGCAACUCCGUGUCAAGGAUCUCAAUUAUGGACAUCGCCUCACAGAACUUGAAGAAAAAUACCGUGCAGAAAUCGAAACACUCAAAAACGCCAUAACCACCCUUCACACCGAACACACCCAAAACCUAGCUCACCACGCCAACCUCCUCAACACAGCCCGCACCACAAACACCGCCGAACUCGCAUCCCUCCAAACCUCCUUUUCCACUAAACUCGAUGACGUGACAUCUAAAUACAAUGCCCUCCAAACUCGGACGCGGCAAAUGGAGGUGCAGUGGGAGGAGCAGAUGAAGGGGAUGGGAUCCGAGUAUGAGGAACGGGUUGAGGAGGUUAAGAGGUUUUUUGGGGAGAGGAUUAAAGAGAAGGUUCAAGUUAUUGAACAGCUCAAAGCAACCUCCCAAACUGCCCUCCAAACCCACGAAGCAACCCUCACAGACCUCUCAACCGAAACCACCACCGAAAUCCUUCACCUCUCCACCCACUACGAACAUCUCCUCUCCAUCGAACGCCAAUCCCUCGCCUCCAUCCGCGCCGAAAAUGCUUCUAUGCAUGCGAAAUUUAUGGCGCUGACUCGAGGUGUAGAGGAGCAGAAAAUGGAGUUGGCGAAACGGGUGAAUGAGGAACGGAGGUUAGGGGGGAUUAUUAAGAGUUUGGAGAGGGAUAUUGGGGGGAUUCGACGUGAGAUCCAAGAACGCGACGACACGAUCCAAGACAAAUCCAAACGCAUCUACGACCUCAAAAAAAAGAACCAAGAACUCGAAAAAUUCAAAUUCGUCCUCGACUACAAAAUGGCCGAACUCUUUAAACAAGUCGAGCCCCGCGAAGACGACAUCGUGUCCUUAUCCACCACUAUCAAAGACAUGGAUACAGAAUUGGAAGCCUACCAUGAAACCCAUGAUAAACUUUUACGCUCUUUGAAGCAGGUUCGGAUGCGAGUUCGGGCGGUUGAGAAUGAACGGAAAAAGGAGGGGACGUUACGCGGGUUUUGGGAAGGGAUUUUGGAGAGGGUUAGGAAAGAGGUGGGGGAGUUGUAUCAUGUUGUUGAGGAUGUGCCGGCUCUCAAGCGAACCCUCCUAAAAACCCACCAAACCUCUCUCCCAACCACACCCCCGCACACACCCCCAACCCCCGAAAAAAACACCCCACCAACAACAAUAACCCAACGCGACCACCUCGAACGCACCCUAACAACCCUCCAAACUCGCCUCACCAAACAAACUGAAAAACGGAUCCAAGAAUACAUGGAUUUGACUCAACAGCAGGCUAUGUUGGUUUCUGAAUUGAAUGUUUUGAGAAAGGAGGUGCGGAAUUCGGAGGGGAGAGUAGGUGUGCUUGAACGCAAACGGAAUUUGACAUACCCGAUGAUACGCCAACGAUGA